ACCCGUGUGAUUACCCGACAAACGAGAAUGGGAGUUUGCGUUACAAAGACGUGUACAUGUGUAAAUAACCAAGUUGGAUCUGAAGAUAUUCCUUCACUAAAACUUCAGAAACCAUCUGAAGACAUACUUUACAAUGGCGCCACAGUGAAAAUCGAAUGCAAUGGCAUUCCACCGGAAAUCGAAGAAAUACAAUGGUUAAGAUAUGGUCGUCCACUUCCUCUAGAGCACCCAAGCGCAGUUCUGACGCUGUCAGAUCUGAAAACGGAAAAUGAAGGAGCAUACAUGUGUGAAGUUACAUUGAAGUCGGGAACUAAAAUAAAAUCAGAUGCAGUCGUAUUAAAAAUAAAAGAUCCACCUAUUCUAGAACUGAAAAUUCCACCAGAUGAAAUUCUUAUCAAAGGUGCUACUGUAACUAUCCUUUGUCAAAGUAUCCCAAAAAAGCAACACAAAAUGAAGUGGUUCAAAAAUAAAAAGGAAAUAACAUCGACGUCAAAACAUUCCAUUGGUUGGUUAGACGAUUGCCCCUUCCUGCGACUGUGCAACCUUGAGUCUAGUGAUAAAGGGGAAUACAGCUGUGAAGUGACUCAUCAGGCAGGGUUCAAAUGGACAUCAGAAGAAGUAAUGAUUAAUAUCAAGGAUUGUACAACGGAAAUUUUGUCUGUACAUAAAGAAUUAUGCUUUGAAGGAGCAACUCUCGUUAUAAAAUGCAGGCCUCCCAUUCCUCAUCCAAAUGAAGUUAUCUGGUAUAAAAACAAUACCGAGAUUGUUAAAAAGGGACGAAUUUCAGAGGGAACAAGUGAAGAUCCGUCCAUUUGCAUUUCUAAGUUGACCCAUCACGACGCAGGAAUUUAUAAAUGCCGAAUUUCCUACGAUUUUGGCUGGAUAGAAGGAUCGCUUAAAGUAGAUGUCGAAGUUCAAGAUACAGAGAGAAACCAUGCAAAUGAAUUUCUUGAUGCCAAAAAGUCAGGAGUUUCGGGUAUUAUGGGUACCGUUACUGACUUCGUGAGUAAUUUGACUCCAGGAAAAUUUAUGAUGGUAAGUGCCAAAAUAUUUCAAGUAUUAAAUGUGCACAUGUAUCACACAUGAACUGGAUUAAAAUGAUGUCGG